AUGUUAUUCUCCCUUACUACGCUGUUGUUCGCCGCCAGCAUCAGCGCCCAGCUGACGCCUUCAGGAGCUCACAACCAGCCUACGCACAACCCGCCUGAGCACAACCCGCCUGAGCACAACCCGCCUGGGCACAACCAGCCUGUGCACGGACAGCCUACGCACAACCAGCCUACGUCCGGACAGGGUACGCUCGUGACGACCACCGAGGGGAUCGUGCAGGGUUCUUUGGUAACGUCAACUGUCCGACAGUGGCUCGGUAUCCCGUUCGCCGCCCCUCCCACCGGCACGCAGCGCUUUGGUAGACCUCAGCCGCCGCUGGCCCAUAACGCCACCUUUACGGCCACUCAAUUUGGAAACUCCUGUUUCGCAACUUUGACUGAGUUCCUGGUGCUGGAGGGAAUUUUUGCUCAGCAGGAGAGCCUCAAGUACGAUGAAGACUGUUUGAAUUUGAACAUCUGGGCACCUGCGACGAAUCGGCCCCAGGGAGGGGCAGUCAUGAUCUGGAUAUAUGGGGGUGGUGAUAUCUAUGGCUCGAGCGACACUCCCCUGUGGAACGGAGCAACUUUUGUUGAGAAUCAUGAUGACUUGGUGAUUGUGUCGUUCAACUAUCGAUCGAACAUUUUCGGCUUCCCCGGCGCCCCUCAACAGACCGCUAACCUUGGGCUACUGGACCGCGACGCCGCUAUCCAAUGGGUGCACGCGAAUAUCGCUGCCUUUGGAGGGGACCCUAAUAGGAUAACCCUCUUCGGCAACAGUGCGGGUUCGAUGGCCGCAGAUGCGUACGCAUUCAGCCAUCCAAAUGAUACCAUUGUCAAAGGAAUUAUUCUUCAAUCUGGAACAGUUCAACUUACCCCUAUUCUCGAACUUGGGGCUGUCUCCCCUACCAGUGCCAACUCCUCUUGGAAUACAGUUGCUACCGCCGUGGGGUGUGGGAGCACCACGGAUGCCACCCAGUUCGCAUGUAUGCAGGCCGUCCCUAUGCUGACUCUCCUGAACGAGACUAUAGUCAGCAGGCAAGUCUUCGCACCUUUCCCUGAUGAGGAGACCUUAUUCUCCGACGUUUCAACACGCUCGGCAAACGGGGAGUUCUUGAAGGUGCCACUCCUCAUUGGGACCAAUCUCAAUGAGGGAGAUAUCUUCGUCCUUGAAUUUGAAGAAGAGCUCUUGGGAAGUGAGCUUGCCCUGGCAACGACGUUGUUCAGCGAUCUUAUUACCGAGAUCGUCUUCCUCUGCCCUGCAGUUCAAGCGGCAGGUGACCGUCUUGCUGCAGCUGUCCCGACGUGGCGUUAUGUCUAUGAGGGCGUCUUCCCCGAUAUUAACAACAACACUGCCGAGCUCCGUUCGUAUCACACUGCAGAGAUUCCGAGUGUUUUCGGGACUUUCCGUCAGUCGACCUUCAACUUUCCACCCACUGCAAACGAGAUCGCCCUUUCAGCUUAUAUGCAAUCGGCAUGGGUAGCCUUCGCGCGAAACCCUGUCAGUGGACUCACCUCCUUUGGUUGGCCGAACUUCUCUACUAGUUUGCUCACCCCUAGCAUCGCGGCACUCGGAAACAGCAAAAAUCCUGCUGGCGUCACGUUCUCCCCUCCUAUCGAGUUUGACGUGGGUUGCAAUGUAGUGGAGGAGGUAGAACCUGUCAUCCUCAGCCUUUUCAGCACCCUAGGAAGCAUCCUCUGA